CAGGUACAAAUCCACAUCCACCUACAAAUUAUGCAAGCAGACAGAAGUGCAGGAGAGAGCAAACACCCUGCCUGUGCUUCAGUAUAUAGAACAUGGAGGAAAGCAGCGCAGACACAGCCAUCGAGACCCUCAUCGAUGAGAUGGACUACAUUCCCGGACACUUCCACCUGGAGCUCAACCUGAACUGCGAGUCUCUCACCCCGGCCAAGAUCAGGAGGAGAGACAUGGUGCUGAAGAGGGACAGCCUGCGCUCUGAGCUGGAGUCGGAGACUGGUUCUCAGCAGUUCGCAGUGAGGAACCUGCUGGGGCUCUUUGCCUUCCACCUGGAGGAGCUGAGCCUGGCCGAGGAGACGUUCCUGAACAUCUGCAAGGAGGACCCCAGGAAUCUCAACGCCUGGGCCAACCUGGGCUACGUGUACGACAAGCUGAAGAAAGAGCCGGAGGGGGCGGAGACUGUGGAGAAGUUGUUUGGUCUGAUGGGGAUGGGAGCUGCCGAGGCCGGCGAGGUGGAACCCAGGCUUCAGGCGGCCCGCUGUCUGGCAGAGCAGGCCUACGCCCAUGCUUACGAUGUGGGUCUGAAUACCGAGCAGGAGCAUCUGGAUAAACUGAGCACAGCCGUUAAACUGUAUGACAAGGCCAUCGCUUAUGGGGGCCAGGAGAUCCCCUUGGAAGAGAAAAGAAGCUGGUAUUUCACAAUGGCAACAAUGCAUAUAAGACUGGAUGGAAUGCUGAAGGACCAGGAGGAUUCUGAACACAAGAGAAUGACCUCCUUCAGCAAGACAGUGAAGCUGCUGCAUGAAGCCAUGAAAUCCAGCAACCCACAUUACAAAGCCCUUGCCUGGUGCUAUAUUGGGUUGAUGCUGGAACGUCAGGACACCUUCCCAGUGGUUCCGAUGGCGAUCCAUGACUGUGGGUACUCCGGGACAGACCCCCUGGACUGCUACUGUAAGGCCAUUGAGAUGGCUAAAGAAUCCCCUUUCAUACUGAACCGGCUGGCCAAGGUGUUCCUGUUCCUGGGGAAGAUGGACAUGGCCACUGGGAUCUGUAACAUGGCCCUGGAUAUCCUGCCUGACCCUGAGCUCAACUGGCAGGCGUACUGCACUCGGGCCAAGGUCCACAUCACAACGUACGUGAGGGACCUGGAGCAAGUCAAGCUGGGACUCGCGGGGAUUCCAGACAGACAGAAUCUGAGCAAGGCAAAGACAGACCUGGAGUAUGUUCUGCAGGCCUGUCCCUGUCUGAAGACAUACAUGGACAUUGGACAGGUCUACUACUACAUGGGUGUGGACGCCAUGCAAGAGCGCCUACUGGUGGACGAGGCUGCUAUCAACACCGCUCUGGUUUCCUUUUCCAAGGCCAUGGAGCUGGAGCUGGGGGACACUUUACCGGAGCUGCAGCUGCUGAGGGGGAAGUGCCUGCUGCUGAAGGGGGAAGAUCAGAACGCAGCCGAGUGUUUCAGGAGGGCUAUGGAGCUUGAGGAGCCAGGCUCCGCCCACGCAGAAGGAUUCCGCUGUCUCCUAGAGACCCUGCUCUCCCUCUUCAUCCAGAGGAAGCUGGACCCAGGGGCUGCCAUCACCGAGGUGGAGGAGUGCAUGCAGAGAGCGGAGGAGAGGCAUCGGCCUGAGCUGGUGAAACAGGAGCUGCAGCUGCUGUGCCGGACACACACCACGGACGUCAGCGAGCUCUCCAAAGCUAUGAUCCGGGUCGGCAAGUUGGAGCUGGUGAGGAGGCUACUGGAGACCAUGCAGCCGGGUCAAAAGAAGCUGGGGAGGUCCUACUCCUUAUAACAGAUACACAGGCAGAUAGGCAGGCAGGUAAACAAGUAGAAAAGUAAAGAAAGCUAUUUGUACUGUAAUUAAAAGUUAUUGCUAAGUACAAACGAAGACCACACUUAUAGCCUGACCGGUCAAUCAAACACACUGUGACCUCUGUUAAAGAUGUAAAGAUCAGACAUUGGGAAUUGCACCAGACAAACACAGCUGCUCUUGUGGCAUAUUUAUUGUUUCCUUAUUAUUAUUCCUCAGGUUAAUGGGGUAGAUCGCUUCAGCACAGCACAGCUGACACACACACACCUUUACACUGUGUGCUUCUCUGCCAAUUCACGGAGCUGUACAGUGAAUGGAAUAUUUGUAUAAAAAAAAUCUUGGAUGUUAUUUUUUUUUUAUUAUUAAAUAAAUACAAACCUG